AUGCUUGCCGCCUCGGUGACCCCUGCGGAUCGGAAGUCCCUCCUGGCCAGAUAUUUGGAGCUUCCCAACAAAGACAGUCAGUUCCAGGUAACAUACAUCUGGAUUGAUGGAACUGGCGAGAACCUGCGAUGCAAAACUAUGACUUUGUCAGAGGAACCAAAAACGGUUGCUGGUACGUUCCAUGCAUGAUGUCCCUAGUAUGCUGUCGUCAAGUCAUAGGUAUGCAGUGAUCCCUCCGCGAUUGCGGGGGUUGCGUUUCAGAGCACCCAGCGAAGAACGAGAAUCUGCGAAGUAAAGAUCACACGUUUUUAUAGCUAUUUCCUACAUAUUCCAAGCUCCUAGGGAUUUAUCUGCUUAUAAACCCUUCCCAAGUUCUCGCAAGCAUUCUCCACACAGUUGCACAACUCAACCACCUUGUAUUUUCUUAGAUGAUAGGUAGGGUUCGUUCAAAUAAGGAUACUCGACCGCGUGGUCUGUCUGAGUAGCUCCUCAACCAUCCGUUAACAGCGUCAGUUGUAUGGAAUCAACUGUGCAAACCAACUGAGGAAGUAUGUGCCGGAAACAAAGGGUCUUUUAUCCGAAUAAAUCCGCGAGCCACCGAAACAUCCGCGAUACAUAAAUGCAUAUGCUUAGAUGUGCUUGUAUGCAAAGUCCGCGGUAGAGGGGAGCCGCGAAAGUCGAAGCGCGAUGUAACGAAAGAUUAAUGUAUUGCUAUGGGUUCGAGGAGGAAAAUAUCUUCGUAUAGUACAUUUCGAGUCCACCAAGUCCGUUCUAGAAUGCAGACUUAGUUGAGGCCAAUCAAACAAGGACCUGGGGUCGAUACAUGCGAAAAUACGGGGAGCCUUUUGAGCGAAGGAGGCGGAAUCGCUGAAACGAGUUUUUUUGGCCUAAUGUUUCCAAUUCAUACUAGUCUAUCACCAGAGACAGCACCUGACAAGGGCGACUUUUGCGCAAACAUUGCAGUAUAUAUAGUACACAGUCGCUACUAUGUAGUCGUGCAAACAUCACCCAUAUGCUAUCCGGCGAUGUAGAAACACCGGAGUUAAAAAAUUUUUACCCCAAGACAGUUAACACUGGUAGAUAACAUGUUUAUCCUACGUCUGAUAACAUGGCUUUGGACACUGAUCACGGUUGUGGCCAGGUAUCUGCUUUCGGAUAGUUAAAUGACCGUCUAAUUGAAAAUUCCACUAGUUGGUACAUUUUUCUUUGCACAUUUCACCUGACAAUGUGCUCAUGCUUUAAUGUUGGUCGCACUUUCCCUUCUUUUCUCAGCAUUUUAAGCAUGCUUAUUAACUAAUUUCAGAUUAUCCAAUAUGGAACUUUGAUGGCAGUAGUACUGGCCAAGCAGAAGGCUCAAACUCCGACGUAUAUCUCUAUCCGGCGACGCUUUUCAGGGACCCUUUUACUCGCGGAAACAACAAACUCCUCCUCUGUGAGACUUACACUUACGACAAAAAACCGCACUGUGAGCAUUCUGUUCUCUUGGAUUUGCUUGCAUUAUUUCUGUGCGAUCUAUACUAAUUUCAUAAUCAUAUUCUCGCCACCACUCCUGGUAGUUAUCGGAAUCCAAAAACUGUUAUAGCUAGCAACAAGCGACACGGUUGUGUGGAGGUCAUGAAGAAGGCCGAACACGAGCACCCCUGGUUUGGCAUUGAACAGGAGUACACUAUUUUGGACAUUGAUCGUUAUCCGCUCCAGUGGCCCAAAAACGGAUUUCCCGCACCUCAGGGCCCCUACUACUGUUCCGUCGGUGCGGACCGUGCGUUCGGUCGUGACAUCGUCCUGGCACACUAUCAGGCCUGUCUGUACGCCGGAGUCAAAAUCGCUGGGUCUAACGCUGAAGUUAUGCCGUCUCAGGUGAGCCGCAGCCCAUUUUUAAACAUAUUUAACGUGGUCACCUAUAGCCUGCUAUCAAAUGCAUCAGUUCCGACGGUGGGUAAUCGGGUCUUUUCUUGUUACUUUAUGCAGUGGGAAUUCCAAGUCGGUCCUCUUGAGGGUGUUGACGCCGCCGAUCAUCUCUGGAUGGCGCGUUACCUUCUGCAUCGUGUUGCAGAGGACUUCAACGUAGUUAUUACCUUCGAUCCCAAACCGGUUACUGGUAAUUGGAACGGUGCCGGUGCCCAUACCAACUACUCAACCCUCUCAAUGCGAACCAAGGGCACGGGUAUAGAGUAAGUUCAACAUUGAGUGCAAUCUACCUUACUACUUCCUAGCCUAUUUUUUACCAAUUAGAUAAUCCUGCACUUAAGACUCGAGAUGCGGCUGAUCAGAACGACCUACUUAGUCCCGGUAUUUUUGUUUAGAGCCAUCACAGCUGCGAUAGAGAAACUGGCACUUGCCCACGACGAGCACAUCAAGGCAUAUGAUCCUCGCCAGGGCGCUGAUAAUAUGCGCCGACUUACAGGUCAUCACGAAACAAGCAGCAUUAAGGAUUUCUCCUCCGGUAAGUGUCAGUCAUAGUUCUAUGUCUCAAACUAGUGCCUUAGAUGUGCUUCUGGUCCUUUAAUAAACUAGCUUUCUGCAUCAGCUUGACGCCUUUGUAUCUUUCUUCCCAAGGAGUCGCAAACCGCGGAGCCAGCAUCCGAAUCCCGCGCCAAGUCAGCGAUGACGGUUACGGUUACCUAGAGGACCGGAGACCCUCCGCCAACUGUGAUCCUUACUCAGUAACGAUGAUGUUAGUGAAGACCACGAUCUGCUAG